CCCGUAAGAGCAGAACAGGAAGUGGCUUGUUGUACUCAGCUGAGCCGAAAGAAGAAAGAGGAAGAGGAAUCUCGCAGCUGAAUUGAUGUUCGCGUACUUGAUGUGGAUGCGGAGCAGAUUUGGAGUACUUAGUUCAUUCUUGUAGCUCUAAGACUUUGCCAUUCUGUCUGAAGUACCGUGGAGCAGACACAGACGCGCUGCACUCGUUGCUUUGGACAACACACACACACACACACACACACACACACACACACACACACACGCACGCACGCACGCACAGGUGAUGUCUGCUGAGGCGUCAGGGGGAGGAGUGGAGUCGGAGCUCUCGGCUGGCCCGGCGGCGGGCGGUGUGUGUGUGCGUGAGGAGAAGGCGGCCGCAGGGCUGGCCAGCAGUAAGUAUGUGAAGCUGAAUGUGGGCGGCUCUCUCCACUACACCACCGUCCAGACCCUACGCAAGGAGGACAGCCUGCUGAGCAGCAUCUGCGACGGACACACCGAGGUCACCAUCGACUCCGAGGGUAAGUGUGUGUGUGUGUGUGUGUGUGUGUGUGUGUAUGGAGAGAUGGAGAGUUGUGUGAAAGGCAUUGUGGGUAACAGCAGCUUUCUUUUCUCUUCACAGCCUGUGGUGAAACUACAAAACAACCGAGGAAACAACAAAUACUCUUAUACCAGCAACUCGGACGAUAACCUGCUGAAGAACAUCGAGCUGUUUGAUAAGCUGGGUCUGCGCUUUAACGGGCGCGUGCUCUUCAUGAAGGACGUCCUCGGGGACGAGAUUUGCUGCUGGUCAUUCUACGGUGAGGGCCGGAAGAUCGCAGAGGUCUGCUGCACCUCCAUCGUCUACGCAACCGAGAAGAAACAGACCAAAGUGGAGUUUCCUGAAGCACGGAUCUUUGAAGAGACCCUCAACAUCCUUAUCUAUGAGAAUGGGCGGAGCUCUGGGCCAGGGGGCGUGGCUUUGUUAGAGUCUGGCAUGAGCUCGUCGCCUGGAGCCGGCCAAUCAGAGGAGGAGGGGGCUGCAGGGGGCGGGGACAGAAGAGUGAGGCGGAUCCACGUGAGACGACACAUCAUGCACGACGAGAGAGGCCACGGGCAACAGACCGUCUACAAGGACUAAACACACACACACACACACACACAUGCACAGGCACACACACACACACACACACACACACACAGAGGAGCGAGGCCACGGGCAACAGACCGUCUACAAGGACUAAACACACGCACACACACACACACACACACAGGAGCGAGGCCACAGGCAACAGACCGUCUACAAGGACUAAACACAUGCACACACACACAGGGACUAGCUCACACACACACACACACACACACACACACAGAGGAGCGAGGCCACGGGCAACAGACCGUCUACAAAGACUAAACACGCACACACACACAGGGACUAACUCAUGCUCACACACACUCACACACACACACACACACACACACACACACACACACACAGAGGAGCGAGGCCACGGGCAACAGACCGUCUACAAGGACUAAACACACACACACACACACAGGGACUAACACACACACUCACACAUGCGCACACUCACACACACACGCACACACACAUACACACACAGGUGACAUGGUGUCUCCUAAUGUUUGAACCCAGAGACACUGCAGGCAAUAGAUAAUCUACAGGGACAAACCUUAAACUUAUGUGUGUGUGUGGUGUGUUUUGUAUGUGCUGUGUGUGUGUGUGUGUGUGUGUUGUGUUCUGUAUUGUAUGUGGUGUGUGUGUGUGUGUGUGCACACUAUGGCAUGGGGCUGGAUGUGGGGUUACAUUUAAUUUAAUUUAAACAUUUAUGUGUCCAAGCAUACAGUAUGUGGUCAUGACACAUUAUUUUCAGUUAAUUUAUUAUUCCCUUAAUUUAUUGUGCAUAUUUUUUAAGACUAAAUGUAAUUUAUUCUAUGUGUGCAUGUGUUACGCCUGUGUGUGUGUGUGUGUGUGUGUGUGCGCGCGUGUGUGCGUCUGUCUGUGAGUGAGGUGAAUGGCGACAUGAUUCACUGAUGCAGCCCUACCAUUGGUUGAUUCACUGAUGCAGCCCUACCAUUGAUUGAAGCUUGUGAUGGCAUGCAAGACUGACAGGCAGGAUAUGACAUGUUGGCUUCUCAAAGGGCGGAGGCUUGUUUCCAUGGCGAUGAAGCUGUGAUCGUCCUCGUCCCUCCCUGGCUAACGCUAAUGCUAAACCUCUCAGCUUCCCCAACUGCCCAAACUACAGCCACUGGCCGUCCAGGACUUAACAAGGCUGCAGUUCACUGGCCGUCCAGGAGAGGGUGCAGUUGUUUUGUUUAUGUGUUCUUAAAGGUCUGAUAACAUUCCCAAUAAAAGUUUUCUGAAGCACUG